AUGUCGUCUACCCAUGUCGAUGCGAGCCGCAAUAGCUCCACCGCCAAUCUCAGACUCAGUCGACAGGAUACAUCCUCCGGGACACAACGACCAGAAGGCAAUGUGGCCGAAGAGCAUAGGCACAAGGUCUAUCUAGACUGCGUGUUGGUCGCCAUGGACCUGUUCUCCGAAUUGGAAGUUCCGGCCGAGCAACUCAGGCGCUCAUCUCCGGUAAAUUCUAGUCUACUUAACUCGACAGCACAGACCAUCACCUCUGUGCUUCGCCGUCUCUGCACCAUUUUGAUAUGUCCUUGCUCUGAGCGCGCUGAAAUUGGCAUGUUGAUUUAUGCCAUCUCCAUGACUAUCAUUGAUAUUCACUCUAUGACAAUCGCCAAAUAUGUUCGCGACAAAAAUACCCUAGCAGUGCUGGACCAGACAGGUCUUUGGGAUCAUGGAGCAACGGCUCAGGGGCCGCAGGAAAAUGAAGCCGUGGCUAUACGGGUAUUGGGAGAGCUUUCUAAGUUGGCCAAGUUGGUUUUGCAAUUCACCGAGCGGUAUAGUGGAGAUGCAGAAGGUAAACAACAUCUUCCUGAGGGCAACGAUAUCCCACUAGACUUUUUACCGGCAUUGGGAAACCUCAUGCGAGAGAGAUUACAGCAAAUUACAAAUGAUGCAAUAUACUGGCUAGGAUAG